AUGGCAAUCUACGUUGCUGUGAUUUCUUUCAUCAUUACUAUUACACAGGCACAAAUUUGGCUGUACAAUACAGAAAAUCAACAAUCUACUGAGAAAUUCGAUUGUCUCUACUAUCAAGAUAAUGAUACUGGUGAUAUUAUUCCGUACUGUCAACGUCCAUACAGAAAUCGGUCACUAACUCAAAACCAAACUCAAUGCUACAAUGAAGGCCAACGUAUCUCCUUUCAUAAUCUCAUCGAUCAACAGAUCCAUCCGGACCGAGCACUCAAAUGGAGUUGGAUCAUUGAAAUGGCUGAUCUCUAUGCUACCAUCUUCUACAAUCGAUCACUGCUGUAUAACUACAAUGAUCCAUUUGUAUGCAACUGUACACGAAUAGGAACUUUUGGCAAAUAUUGCGAAUAUCAGCUAACACAUUAUCGAUCAACAUUCAGUCAAUCAGUCAGAGAUCAGUUCCAACAAAAGAAACACGGGGACUCAUGGAAUACACAACGAUACGGAAAGAUUCUCUGCUAUGAAACACUGCGAUGCCCAUCGAGUCCUAUGUGUCUUGAUUGGCGAGAGAUCUGUGAUGGUGUGCAAAAGUGUGAAAAUGGUACGGAUGAAGAAAAUUGUGACAAGCUAGAAUUUAACGAAUGCGAAGAUGAUGAAUUUCGAUGUACAAAUGGUAUGUGUAUUGCAGAAGAGUUUUGGCUUGAUGGUGAUAUCGAUUGUAUGGAUUGGAGUGAUGAAUAUUUUGAUGGAAAUGGUGAAUCAUGUCCUUUCGAACCGACAGCUAUGAAAUGCGACGAGCAUCUGUGUCAGAAUCUUGGGUAUUCAUGCGGGGACGGUGAGUGUGUGCGGUGGCUCGCUCGAAUGGCAAUUCAACGAUUGGUAGCACCAUUAGACGAUUGCUUCAAUAAACGGAACCUAAACUACAUGUGUGAAGCAAGCGUAAAUAAAUCUGCCUGGACACAAGAAGAUGGUCUUUGUAAUCCAGAUCGUGGUUACGAUGAUCCACGAUAUCCACCAUGGCAUCUUAUCAAUUCAUCAAAUCUGACUGAUGAUAGAAAAUGUGAAUAUCUGUUUCGAUGUGGUUGGUCAAAAGGAUUCGAAAGUGAUUGCCCAUGCAAUCAUUUGAAUUGUUCGCAGAUCAUGAUCAGCGUGUGUCCACGGGCUGAUCGUCUCGUACUAUAUCCUUCAAAAGGAUUGAUUAAUUCGAACUUUUUCGCUCUCCACAACUUCACUCAUUCAUUAGAAAAUCCCAAAUUUCAGUUUGCUGGGGCUCUUGGAAACAUCAAAUGUCGAGGUUACCUAUUUCUAAUUCAUGAUGCCCGGUCGAUAGUCAUGCAGACAGCCUUAGUGAAGAACGCUCGGAUUGCUGAGUUAUUCUGUAAGAAAGAAUGGAUCAUGUAUGGUUAUCAGGAUUUCCAUUCACCUCAUCAAUAUGAUGCGUUCUGUUGGAACGAAUCGUUGACAUUCAAUGGACGCCUAUAUGCCGUCAAUCCUGACAUGUGUGAUGCUGUUGGUAGAGAAUGUAUAUCACAGUAUCGAAUUCGUGACGGAACCGAUGAUUGCUUGAAUAGUCUUGAUGAAGUUGAAACUGUAGAAAGCAGUUAUUGUACUGGAAGGGUAGGGCAGCAACGUUUUCAAUGUUUCAAUCAUGAACAUAAAUGUCUCCCAGUGACGGAAUUGGGAUCAGGCAUGGUAGAAUGCUCUAAUGAAUAUGAUGAAAAAUGGUUGGGAGCAGGGACUGUUCUUAGUAAUCAAUUUCCAUGUUUUCAAGAUCAAACGGGUGGGUGUCAUCAUGUCAAAGCAUACGUCCAACAAUCAUCAAACACUAAUCAAACAUACAACCCCUCAUUGACUGAUAUUGAACAACAACAGCAACAACAAAAUACCAUAAAAAGUCUUGCUUAUUAUCGAUAUUGUGAUAGUUUCUGGGACUUACCUCAACACAUGGAUGAAGAUUCUACUGCAUGUCGCCAGUGGAUAUGUCCAAAAGAAGAAUAUCAAUGUCAGACAGGACAGUGUAUUCCAUUGGAAUGGGUAUGUGAUGGUGAAUGGGAUUGUUCUGAUGCAUCUGAUGAAGAAGCUAUCGUACUCAUCACACAAUGGUCAGAUCAUAACAAGCAUCUGAGAAAUUUACUGUCUCGAUUGAAAGAAUGCUCAAGUCGAUAUAAACGAACACCUUUUUCAGACAAGUGUAACACUUCGUUCGAACUAGGUUGUUAUCGCCUUGGAGAAUGGAAUCCAUUGAACAUCAGCUCAUAUCAUCCAUGUAUCAAUCUAAGUCAGAUUGGUGAUGGAAUGGUAGACUGUUAUAAUGCCUAUGACGAAAAGAACACAUUCACAGUAGAAUCACAUCCAGGAGAAAUGUGGGGUUUUCGCGCUCAGUGUGGGAAUUCUAGUAGAAUUCACACAGUUGCUUGCCACAACGAUCCAAAGCUGAAUUGCAGCGUUGUUCUCUGUUCAAGAUUCCGAGAUAAAGAUGGAUUAUGUUCUGCCGAGAAAGACUUUCUCUGCUUGGAAGAUAGCCAGUGCAAGAAAGAUGCACGAUGUGAUGGGGCAUUUGAUUGUACUUAUGGUGAAGAUGAAUAUUGGUGCCCUUCUGGUUCCUUUCAGAACCAAAUGUAUUAUCGUGUGGAUAAGAAAUUAUCUUACAAAAUCAUGUAUGGUAUAAGCGUUUCAUAUCCACCAUCGGAGAAGCUAGAAUUCCAUCAUUCAAGCCAAACAAGCCCAAUCGAUAAUGGAGACGAUGAUAAAUCAUCUGUUACUCGCUCUUAUCAAUGUAAUCGAGGUGUAGCUAUUGUUGAAAUUGAUGAAACAAAGUGCCUCUGUUCACCUGCUUACUACGGUCGCUGGUGUGAAUUCUUUAAUGAUCGAAUUAGUGUUAUUGCACAACUGGAUCAAAUAUCAUUACCUAGAACAUACACCAAUGUAACACUGACGAUCAAGGCCAAUUUUUUCUACAAUGAUCAAAUCAUCGAUCAUCAUCAGUUCAUCGUUGUUCCAGCGAUUGAACAGAUGAAGAAGAUCAAACAUAGAUUCUAUCUAUCGUAUUCACGUGAUACUGAUAUGCUUGUUCAGAAGCAAAAUCGUUACUUUAACCGAACUGAUAUUAUCAACAGUCAUCCAUAUUCUGUUCAUUUUGAUUUUUUCACUUUGGAAGCGAAUAAGAAUGUUAAAGAAAUAGGUUCAUCGCAUCAUCCGAUUUAUUUUGACUAUCUGCCAUCACAUCGUCUAGCUGUUGUCCUACGAUUUCCAUCAUCAUUCAGGAAUGGAACAAUGAAUUCAUGUCCUCGGUACAAAUGCAAUCAAAACUCAACAUGCCUACCUAUUUUCAAUCAGGACGAUUCAUACUACUGUUCAUGUAAGAGUGGCUACUAUGGAAAGGAGUGUGAGUUGUAUGUACCACAAUGUGAAAGUUACUGUUCACCAAAAGCACUUUGUCAAGUGACUCAAAAUAGUAAACAAAAUUGUAUUUGUCCACUUGACCAUUUUGGCCCACGCUGCAACCUGAAAUACAGCGGUUGUAAUUCAGAAUCAUGUUUGAAUGGUGGACGUUGCCAUUCUAUUUAUGACCCGAGCGGAGAAACAUCAUUCGUAUGUACUUGCCAAAGAGGAUUUCAUGGAAAUCAAUGUGAAAAGUCGCCAUCAUCAGUUCAUAUUCGUUUUAAUGUUACCAAUAUUUCUUUAGCUCAUCCAUCUGUUAUUCAACUAUACAAUGUUAUGAAUAAAGGCUUAAAAUUCACAAUCGAACAUCAGCAUGUCUACCAUGGCUUCCCAUCCACAAUGAUCUAUAAUCAUCCUGAAAGAGUCGCUCCUUCUAUCGGAUUACUGAAGAUCUAUGAUCAAUCUUUAACAGUAAAAUAUUUUCUCAUAUAUUCUUUACAACAAUCAUCGAUCAAUAUUACUUCAUCACCAAUAUAUUGUCCAGUUGCAUCAUCAUAUUUAUCUCGUAGUCCAUUCGGAGACACCUAUCCAUCGAUUCCUGAUCUAUUCAAAUAUCAUCAUAUAUGUCAAAAUAACACUGAUCUGACUUGUUUUCAUGAUCAAGAUUAUUUCUGUGUUUGCGAAUCCGACCACUAUCGUGCACACUGUUUCCUUUUUCCAUACGAUGCCGAUGCUUGUUAUCAAUGUUUGUCUGGAGGUAGAUGCGUUCGAGGCGAUUUAACGACAGCAAAUGAUUUUAUCUGUCUCUGCUCAUCAUGUUACCAAGGACAUCGUUGUGAGUCUAGUUUACAUGCAUUUGGAUUUACUUUGGAUUCACUUCUCAUUAACAGUUCCAGACAAGUACAAACUGUUUAUCUUGUGAUAGCUUCCCUAAUUUUUCUUGUUGGCCUAUUCAACAAUGUCUGCUCAUUUGUGACUUUCAAACGUCCAUCACCUCGAAAGGUCGGCACUGGAAACUAUCUUUUCAUCAUAACAUGUUUCAAUCAAAUGACCUUACUGUGUCUGCUGUUGAAAUUUUUUCCGAUAGCACUUCGUAUGGUAGAACUGUACUCAUGUCGAACGACUUCUUAUUUACUUUCAGUAUUCUCACGAUCAACAUACUGGUUGACUAGUUGUGUUAGUAUUGAUCGUCUUCUCAUACUACUCUAUCCAACAUCGAUCUCGCUGAAAAAUCCUUAUUUAGCCAUUGGCAUUAGUAUCAGUACAUUCAUUGUUAUGCUAGGAAUGCAUCUCCAUGAAAUUAUUCACUACACAAUCAUACAGUAUCUACCAACUGCUUCGUCGAUGUGUGUAACGAAUUUCGAUACUCUUCAAAUAUCGAUCUACAAUCGUGUUUCUACAUUGAUUCAUUAUUUUGUUCCUUUUUUCGUUCAAAUAAUUUCGGUAACCACGCUUAUCGCUCUAGUGACACGUAGUCGAAUGAAAACAGGUCAACAAAAGAUGAACUUUCGUCAAAUGUUAAAUAGGCAGUUUCAUAAUCAAAAAGAGCUCUACGUUACACCAAUAAUCAUCAUUCUCUCUGCAUUGCCUCAGCUUAUUCUGACAUUUAGUUUUGCAUGCAGUUCAUUCACUGAUUUGCAACGUCAUAUAUUACUCGUUGCUUAUUUACUAUCGUUUGCUCCGCAAAUUCUCGGUUUUACACUCUUCGUCCUACCAUCAACUAGCUACAAGAAAGAAUUUUCUCAAACCAUGCUGGCGAAAACGUAUUUGACAUGGAUAUUGAAAGAAUAA